AUGUAUUCAGAUAACGGGACAAAUUUUUUCGGUGCUAACAAAGAGCUCGGCGAAAUUUACAAGCUUCACGACACUCCCGAGUUUAAGGAUAGUAUUGCCAGUUUCGCGCUAUCAAAAAGAAUUAUUUGGCAUUUUAAUCUGUCUUUGUUUCCACAUUUUGGAGGAUUGGAAGCAGCUGUAAAAAGCUUUAGAGACCAUCUCAAACGUGUCUUAAAGGAUCUAACGCUCACAUACAAGCAGAUCAACACAUUGUUAAUAGAAAUAGAAGGAAUUCUAAAUUCGCAAUCAUUGUGCUCUCUUUCAGCCGAUACCAAUGAUCCUUUAGUAAUAACUCCGGCUCAUCUUCUUGUAGGAAGACUAAUCACUUUCUUACCAGAAACCAAUCUUGUUUCAGUUUCAAGCAAUCGGUUAGCCAUCUAUAAAUUCAUCACUAAAAUGCGCCAGGACUUUUGGAAUAAAUGGCACAAGGAAUACCUGAACGAGUUGCAAACUCGUCAGAAAUGGAUUAAAUCGUCAAGCAACAUCAAAGCUGGCACUGUGGUCAUUUUGAUGGAGGACAAUCCAGUUAGCGCUAGAUGGCCACUCGGGAUUGUCACCGAAGUGUUUCCUGGAAACGACGGUGUAGCUAGAGUUGCAUCUGUUAGGACAGCUAUCGGUGUUUAUAAGCGAAACAUCACGCGUUUAUGUCCGUUGCUUACAGAUUAA